CCUGAUUCCCAAAUAACACUGAUGGAGAACAGGACAGAAGUGGCAGAGUUCAUUCUCCUGGGCCUAACCAAUGCCCCAGACCUCCAAGUCCUUCUCUUUGUAAUGUUUCUUCUCAUCUACCUCAUCAAUGUGGUUGGAAAUCUGGGGAUGAUCGUGUUUAUUCUCUGGGACACUCGCUUGCACACUCCCAUGUACUUUUUCCUUGGCAACCUGUCCCUGGUGGACAUCUGUUACUCCUCAGCUGUCACUCCCACAGUCUUAGCUGGGCUCCUGAUGGGAAACAAGGUCAUUACCUACAGUGCCUGUGCAGCUCAGAUGUUUCUGUUUGCGUCCUUCGCCACUGCGGAAAAUUUCCUGUUGGCAGCUAUGGCCUAUGACCGCUACGUGGCAGUGUGCAAACCCUUGCACUAUAACAGCACCAUGACCACAAGCAUGUGUGCAUGCCUGACCCUGGGCUGCUACAUCGGUGGUUUCCUGAAUGCCUCCAUCCACACUGGGGACACAUUCAGUCUCUCCUUCUGUGAGUCCAGUGUGGUCCAUCACUUUUUCUGUGAUGUUCCAGCAGUCAUGGUUCUCUCCUGCUCUGACAGACACAUCAGUGAAAUGAUUCUUGUUUAUGCAGCGAGCUUUGUUAUUUGCUCUGCCCUCCUUGUUAUCUUGGUAUCUUACAUGUUCAUUUUUAUCAGCAUCCUAAAGAUGCAUUCAGCUGCAGGAUACCAGAAGGCUCUGUCCACCUGUGUUUCUCACUUCACUGCUGUCUCCAUCUUCUAUGGGACUCUCAUCUUCAUGUACCUGCAGCCCAGCUCCAGUCACUCCAUGGACACGGACAAAAUUGUGUCUGUGUUCUACACCAUAGUCAUUCCCAUGCUGAACCCCAUGGUCUACAGCCUGAGGAACAAGGAGGUCAAGAGUGCAUUCAAAAAGGUGGUGGAGAAGGCAAAAUAUUUUCUAGGCAUGUGAAUUUAACGUUGUAGAAGUCUGGAAUACUCUAGCUUUAUUCUUGUUUGAUUUUCUUCAAGCACUUAGUGACAUUUGAAGAACCAUAUUGACAUGAAUUUCCAGAAUAGAGGCCUUUCCCUCUUUAAAUAUUUUUUUAGAACAGGGAAACACUGUCAGAGAUGUAUUACAUAAAGAAGAACACAGAAGAGGCAGUACUAAGUGUAUGAAUUCUGCUUGUUGAAAUACUGAUUAAGGAGGUAAUUUUUCACUCUUCCUGCAUGGAUUUCUUUGGCUAUAUGUCACUAGAGACACAUAUGUAAAAUAGAGAUGGAUGCAUCCCAUGAACAGAAACCAUCCAGGGAUCCAUGUGAGCACAUACAUGUGGGACCAGAAGGUUAUCCAGAGGUAAAGGGAAGGUGGAUAAGAUUUAACAAAAAUAAUUUACAUAUUUAAUCCAGACAGUAAAAUAUAAAAUUGUGACUCAUGGUUAUGCUUUGUUGAAUAACUUCUAAGGAUUCUCAUUUGAUAUACUAAUAGCCUUAAAUGUGUGUUCACAUAUUUUAUGAAGAGAUACAGAAUUUAAGUAAACCUUAAAUGAAUUUAAGUAUAUCUUAAAUUUCCUGUCUUGGCUGCAGUCAUUUUGUAGAGUAUCCAUUUUCACUUUGUACUUGUCAGAAGGAUGAAUUAGCCAUAGCAUAACGAAGUGGGUGGGAGAGAGACAAAGGUAUUUUAAGAUCUAUGACUAUGUGAUUACUGACAUCUACACUAUUUAAAAAUUCUUUAAGAUAUUAGCAGUUUCUAUAUUUCCCCUCUUUGCAGGUACUUGGAGGUACCUAACAUUGUUCCUUACUUCUACAUUUGGUUGAGUUAUGUCACCUUACUGUCAUACCCACUGUUUUUUGCCUCAUGCCAUCCACACUGAUCUUGAUACUUUUUCACAGCCCCGUACACUUUCCUGCCAUGGAGCCCUUGUGGGGAAAGUAACCCCUCUGGAAAAGGGCUCCUUGUUUCAUCCAGGUCUCUACUUCAGGUAUGAUUCUAUCGUGCCAACCUUCCUGACAUCCGACAGGACACUCACUUUCCCUCCCCAGG